AUUGUGCGUUGUAGUAAUUUGGGUUCGCCACUUCUAACUAGCAGCCCCACAAGCUCUGAUUUACGAGCUAUAAAAUCCUCUGCUUCCAUGGGAUAUCUGUGACCAGGGUGAAGAACAAAAGGAAUGGAUAGGAAAUAUGAAAGUUUGCUUCUAUUUCUUAUUGUGAUUAUGGUAGUGGGCAAAGCACAAGGAGCUACGAGAGUGGGUUUCUAUGCGUCUACAUGCCCAAAUGUUGAAUCUUUGGUCAGAUCCAGUGUCCAGUUUUUCAUCAGUUCUGAUGCCUCGCUUGCCCCGGCUUUACUCCGCAUGCACUUUCAUGACUGCUUUGUACAGGGUUGCGACGCAUCGGUACUAAUAGAAGGAUCGUCGACUGAGAAAACCGCGGGUGGGAACACAGGAUUACGUGGAUUCAACGUUAUAAUGGAUGCAAAAGCUCGGGUGGAAGGAAUGUGCCCCGGAGUGGUAUCGUGUGCGGACAUACUUGCCUUGGCAGCCCGCGACGCUGUGGUUUUGAGUAAUGGGCCUUCGUGGGACGUACCCUUAGGACGCCUGGACGGCCGUAGAUCGGUUGCCUCCGAUGUUGCCAACAUUCCCUCUCCCACUGACUCUCUUGACAUUCUCAUCCAAAAGUUCGCUUCACGCGGUCUCACUACACGGGAUCUCGUUGCUCUUUCUGGAGGUCACACAAUCGGGCAGGCGGACUGUCAAUUCUUUAGUUACCGUCUUUACAACUAUAAGGCCACGGGUAUAGCAGACCCCACCAUAAAUUCGACAUCAUUAAGGCAACUUCAAAACAUUUGCCCUCGGAAUGGCAACAACAAUGGGCGAGCGGCGGCUCUUGACAAAGGCAGCAGGAGUACGUGGGACACCACUUAUUUUCAAAACUUACUCGCAGGAAAUGCAGUUUUGGAGUCGGACCAAGCGCUGGCGGGCGACCCUUCCACUCGCUCCCUUGUUAACACCUUCGCAACUUCCUCCGAUUCAUUUGACGACGCCUUUACCAAAUCCAUGGUGAAGCUCGCUAAUGUUGGUGUUAAGACACGAGCCGAUGGUGGUGAGAUUCGCAGGAUGUGUUCUGUCGUCAACUUCUGAACGCUCUUUUCUUGCUACAACACGUUCUUCUACUUUUCUCACAAUCAAAGCUUCAAAUAUUUAAACUGAAGUUUGGAUUCUAGAAAGGAACUGUCAUUUCAGUCCAAUACACCUUGAAGAUAAAAAAAUCUAUGUCCAAUAUAUCUGGUGAAAUGUUAUUGAAAAAAUUAAUGAAUCAGUAUUAUAUGGUUCAU